UGCUCUGCACUGCUCGCACAAAAUCAUUCUGGAUAAUACUCGCAUAUUUGCUGCGUUAUUUUUAUUUGUUGUACUUUUUACUGUUUGCAAUGGCGGGACGUGGACGCGAACUAACAAUAUCGCCAACAAAGCGCGAACGUCGCAAAUCCCCUGCAAUAAGCUAUGGAGCAGACAGUAGCUGCAGCAGCACUACUCAUCAGCCGCCACCAGGGCCAAUGUCACCAACUUCUGUAGCAGACACAACUUUUGAGCCCACCAUUGAUAUGAUGGUAAACGACUUUGAUGAUGAAGCCACUUUGAAUGAAGAAGAGGCACUGGCCGAUAUGGAGGCACAUAACCCAGAUGAUGAAAUCGCCACAUUGCGCGAGGAAAGCGAAAUGCCCAUUGAGGAACUAUUGGCCAAGUAUGCAGAAUUUGCAUCGACAUCCUCUGCUGCGGCUGCUGGCGGCUUUAAGCCUACUGGCGGCAGUAGUAGCUCGAGGCGGCGACGCAAACGGGCACAACCAGGUGUAUCAAAGGAGUUGGAAGACACACCUUGCACCUCGGCUGAGAGCAUGGCAAGAUGUACGGAAGCUGAGGAGCAACAGGAUGACAUAGAUAGCUGCGUGUCCUCGCAGUUGACAGAUGAAUUUAAUGAAGGAUUGCCUGCAGAUUUGAACAGCAAACGUCGAUCGCACCUAAUGGAUUUAUAUCCCGAUGAAUCUUUUAAUCGUUGUCCGGAGCAAUCAACGGAACAAUUGGAGGCGGAAAGUUUUACACCGCUGCAAACGCUCUUGGAGCAAGUUGAAGUCGAGGAGGAGGAUGAAGACAGCGAUUCAGAUUUGGAUGAUACACGCAAAAUAAUAAUGGUGGGCGUUGAAUACCAAGCGGAUAUACCCGAUGGACUUUCGCAAUAUGGCGACAUACUACCCUAUGAGAAUGAAGAUCAGCUUAUUUGGGCACCUAGCCAGGUGUCCGAACGCGAAGUGGAAGAAUAUUUAGCCAAGAUACAAGAGACAAAGGUCUUAGAUGAGGCCAACGCUGAAAGUCAAGAGCGUGCGGAAAUGGAAGAGUUGCCGCCUGUCGUAGAUUCCACAACGAUGCCAGCGGAAUCUGCAACUGUUUUGGUUCCAGUUGUGCCGCCCAACAGCGAUAGGGAUGCCGUUGUCAAGGACAACGAGCAGGCUCUGCACUUGCUCGUGCAGUGUGGCUAUGAUUUCAAGGAAGCUCUGCGACGCAAACGCAUGAAUGUACUUCCCUUGAGUGAUACCAUGAGCAGGUGGUCUGAGGAGGAAUGCCAGAAAUUCGAGGAAGGCAUACAUAAAUUUGGCAAGGACUUUUACCAAAUCAGGCAGCAUCAGGUGCGCACAAGAACUAUGCGCGAACUGGUGCAGUUCUAUUACCUGUGGAAGAAGAGCGAGCGACGGGAUCAAAGCUUUUUGCUCAACGAUACUAUCGAUCACAUGGAUGUGUUUCUUAAUGAAGGCGUCGAGCGUGCUGGCAAUGGUAACGGCAACGGUAAUGGUAAUGGCCAUCCAUUUGGAAGCUGUUCUCCGCACUCGAGCAACAGUAGUAAUGGGAAUAAUAAUGUCGCCGAUACUAUGCUGGACCCUGCCACACGUAAGACCCCCAUAAAGAACUAUUCCAUUAUGACAGGCGUGGGCACAGGCACAAGUCGCAAGCGAAGUGCGUCCUUAGCUCUAGACGAGGAUAACGAACAAACGGAAAAUGUCAUAGAUAGCAUAUAAGUUAGUUAAUGUUUAGUCACAGCAGAAAGCGUGGAUUUAAGAUGGCUGAGCUUUUACACACACUCUCUCUCCCUCUCUUUUACCUAAGCUCAGUUAUCUUUAAUCAAACGCUUUGUGUGUAUGUGUAAAAAGGUUUUAGUUGAGAGCGCAACGGCAGCGCAUUCGAGCCAAAUGCGCAGGCGCUUCGGCUCCAAGGUUGGCUGCUGCUUUUUUCGUUUUUUAAUUUCAUGGCAUUUGUAUUAAAGAAGAAAAUCAACAUUCAUUAAAACAUACAUAACACUCGAUGUGUAGCUUACAAUAUAUCAAUGUAAUAUUAGAAAAUAACAUUUUUCCAAGUCUAAUUGUACUGUUCAAUAUAAAUGUGCAUUGUUUUUAGUAUUAGUGUGCUUAGCAGUGAUGUAAAUGGAUAAUUUUUAAAUGAAUAGGCUAUAUGUAUAUUA